AUGGACCCAACUUCCACCGCCAUCCACGUUAAUGCUCCUAUGCAUACUAAGAUUUGCUCAGCACAAAAUACCACCUAUGCUCAGGAAGCAAGCUCCAAGCGUAAAAUGACUAUGCAUUCUGGCGAAUCAUCAGGAAGCAAAAAGCCACGCGAUGAUGGCGUUGAUGAUUCUUUUGAAGAGUAUACACAUGGUGCUUCCCUUGACUACUCUCUUUUGCUUCGAUGGGCCUAUCAUUUGUGUACAAAGAAAGUGGCAGCAUUAAAUACUUGGUCAUUUCAUAUGACUCAAGAGCAAGAAAUCCAAACCGAAGCUGAUGUAUUGAAACGCCUUUCAGCGAGCAUUCUCUCCAACGAUAAGGAUGCCACCCUUUCAUCAUUGCAAGCACUUAAGUAA